AUGGACACCCCACCUGACGUCCAAUCGGCCUUCCUAAUUUACAACGUUGAAACGAGUCCAAUUCGAAAUGCUGAAAAAUCGAACGUCAUAAAGCAGUUUAACAAAAAAAUUAAGCGACACGAAAAGGUCCUACUAAACAGCCACUACAAACAUGUGAAUAAUUUUUCCUACUCUACAGAUAUAUUUCACAAUUUUUAUAAAAUAACAGAAUAUUAUCUUUUAAAAUAUGUGAACAGCAUCAUUAUUGAUUCUACCCUAUUUUUUAAGUGCGUUCACGAGGUGAGAAGUGGCUCCUCUGGCUUGGCUCAAAAUGGCGAGGAGGGGUUACAAAAGAGCUUUUGCCCACGUGAGGAGACUCAGGGGGGAAAUUUAGAACCGAAAAAUGAAGUGACAGCCGACUUUACCUUCGACUGUGAAAUUCUGCGCAACUUUGUAGAAAAUUUCAAAAGGGUGAACAGUUCAAUUGUGCGAGGUGCCAAAGGGGGUGGAAAGCAAAACAGAAGCGGGAAGUCCCAAAAAAAAGACGCUAGUGAAGAUGCAAACUGGGGAAGCACCACCAACAAUGCAGAAGGCAACCCUAGAGGAGGCACAGAGGAACCUCAAAACUGCGCGUUUAGAAAAUCCUUCUUGUACGAACUGUGCGAAGUGCACAGCCGCUUCCAUAACAAGAAAAAGAGAAUGAUAUGUAUUACCAAAAUUUUCCGCAAAAUUGUUAGUAGGAAGCAAAUUAGACAAUUCAUAUGCGAAAAUGAUAAGAGGAAAAAAAAAAAUUACCUACGAUUCUUUCUCAAUUUAUCUUUGGGUAUUUUUAUAUACCUCUACAUGCACAGGUACAUCAAAAAGAACUACAGAAAUGUAGAAUUCUUUAUAUUUUUGAAUAACCCCCAAAAUGUUAAAGACAUAUAUGUCAACAUGGUGCCCCACAUGGAAAAGCAACAAAUCUGUAGCUUCAUCCAGUUUGUAAAAUCGCUAAACAUCCGGAUGUUUCGAUACGUGUACAUAACGUUCUUUGUGAAGGUAUAUAAGCACGUUAACUUAAUAUACAACGUCACGCUUUUGGCCCUCUACAGCUAUUUUAAAUACUUAAAUGAGGGCAUGGAGGGAAGCAACCGCGGCAGUGAAAAAAGCGAACCGGGUGAAGCCGUAACGAAUGAGGAUAGGGAAGCUAAUUCGCUCAGAAAAAGCACGCAAAACUACCGAAACGGGUCGCAAACAGAUGCAGACACAGAAAGGGCUGCACCAAAUAAACAUCAAAGCUGUGAACGGGUGAAUAGCGUAACCGGUGAGAAGUCCCCAAACGGAAUGAACAACAAAAGGGAAGCGGAAGAUGCGUCAACUUGGAGUGGAAGACAACACUCCAACCCGGGGUCCCCCAACUGCAGAGAAAAAAAUACCCACGAAAUUGUCCUCAGCUGUUACGUGUACCUUUUCAUAUUUUACCACUACGUAAGGGACACAAGAAAAAGGAUGAAGUCGGAAAUUCUGAGGAUACAAAAUGGUGUUAAAGAAAUGAUUGCCUUAUUUGUUAAAAUAUAUGACAUAAAUAAAAGAGGCAGUGCUGGUGAGAACGGGCCCAGCGAUUUGCAUAGCAGUGAGGGGGCCAUCCAUUUGCGUGACCGCCUCUGCAGCAGCGGGGGCACCAGCGACCCCACUGCCGAUCCUGUGCAUUCCCUAUAUUUUAACUUCAUACAGCUGAGCAAAUGCUACAGAAGCUGCGUAAAAACGAAUUACCAACUCAUCAAAUCGGUUCACAUGUUCCAUUUAUUAUUAAAACAUUUUUACAAACACUUCCCCAUUUUGAAUGUAAAAAAUGACAAGUGCAUUAUAUACAAUUACUGCAACAAACAUUUUAUACAUUACUCCAAAAGGGUUGAGAAAAAUGGACGCGCUGAAACUAUAUUUUGUACGGAAGAAAAAAAUAGACAAAAGGGAAGUGGGAACAACCCCCCCUUGGACGUCUUUAAAAAUGUGAGUGAUUACGAGUUGGAUUUUUUUUACUUCCAUGAAAAGGAAAACGGAGAAGAGGAAAUAAUCAAAGAUUUAGUGCAGAGCAGGGAAGAGGAAUCCUUUGACCAUUUAUUUCGGGCCGACGAGGGGGACAAAGGUUCCUCUCCCCGACGUUCGCGCGCCUGUGCGGGGGGGCAUCCCUCAAGCGAGAGCGACGGCAAAAAUGGGCACACAAGUGAGCACACAAGUGAGCACAAAAGUGAGCACCUAAAUGAAGAGCAAAACGAUGAAGCAGAUGCGCUGGAACCCUCCAAGGGGGUGUUCCUAAACUGCGUUAACAAUGGCCUGGACGCUCUUCUGAUCAACGCUGGCGGGGAAUUGGGAGGCAACCCGGGGAAAACGCAACCAGACGGACACGCCUCAAUAGGGCACAACUCAAUCACUGACAAUGUGUGCGAUCCGGCCGCUUCUCACAAGGGUUCCAUUUUCUCGACCCUCAGAAAGAGCCCCAUACUGCAGCUUUUAAGAAGUAACAUGAAAAUUUACCGCAAAAUAACUGCCGUGAUGGAAACCUUCUCCAGCAGCAAAUUGGAAGGAACAAUAAAAAAUUGCCUGCAUGACUUGAACAGAUAUAGUAAAAACGCUCUGGACAUCUACGACGAUAGCCUUUUCGACGUCCAAUACAAAAUUGAAAGAGAGGCCACGCUCGAGAGUGAAGAGUCAAGAAGAAACAAAAAACUGUUACAGGUGAAAAUCUUUUUGGACUAUGAAAAGCUGUAUACGAAAAAAACGGUUGAGACGCAAACACCUGUUUCGUUUUUUAGAAAAGAUAAGGUCAUUCAAAUUCCAAAGGAUGAAGGAGUUUCCACAACAUCGGAGCAGUACAUACAGGCGAAGAGGGUGGCGAAUCCUAUUUUUUAUUUGAAAGAUAUAUACGAUUAA